UAGAAAGAAUAACGAGUGGAACAUAUGAGAAACGCUCAGCUAGAAUAUCUGUUGUGUGGUCAGAAACAGAUGGGACCCAAAGAAUGGCUUAAAUACCUGUUAUUUCACAUCCUGUUCAAAGUGUUAAAUGUUCACACCACCUCCACCUGGACAGCAGAAGUGCCGCAGACAAUAUCAGCACUGCAGGGAUCUUGUGUCGUGGUUCCCUGCAAGUUCAAUUACCCAGACCGUGAAAUAAAGCCUACAGACCUGACAGGAAUAUGGCACACGACAAAUCAAGACAUAUACAUUUAUCACCCGGACUCCUCCAAAGUGAUGGAAGAAUUCAGGGGCCGGACAAAUCUGAUUGGGGAUCUUGCAAGAAAAGACUGUUCACUGAGAAUUAAUCACCUGAAAAAAAAGGACAAUGGCCCAUUUAUUUUUAGGAUAGAGAUUUGUGACUUUAAUAAGUACUCUUACAAAGAUAAAUUGGUCUCCAUUGAUGUCCAAGACUAUCCAGCCUCCCCACGGCUGACCGUGAGCGGGGAGGUCAAAGCAGGUGACGCUGUGACUGCUUCCUGCUCUGUGUCUCACUCCAGUCCCACGGAGCUGCCUCACCUGAUCUGGAGCCGCAGUGGAACAACCACCAACCAAUCAGAGGAGCUGCCCAACGGCCAAUGGAGAGUGACUUCAAGCCUGAUUUUCACUGCCACAAACUCUGACCACAACCAGCACCUGACUUGCACAGCAAAGUAUCAGCAAGUCACAUCUGUGCAAUCUUCUAAAAUUUUGAAUGUGGCAUGUAAGUGA